AACCCGGGGGGCGCGCCCAUCCCACAGCCCCACGCCCCGCAAGGCGUCCUGCGGUUCCACUCGGCCCUGAGUUUGCCUCUGCUCUGCCGUCGUCCCCAGGGCGGCUUCGCCUGGGAGGACCGUGAACAUGCGUGACGCCUAAGGGUUUUCAAUGCAGUAACACCCCGAAGCCCGCCUUUUUAAUAAGGUCCCAGUUUGUUCUCCGUUUGUUUGUGCUCAGGAACACAAGGACUGGCCGCAGCCUUUGAGCAAGGGCUCAGCUCCAAAACCUUGGAAUUAAUCCAGCCAACAUUGGAUUCAGCACACUGACCAUGGAAUCUGACAAGUUCAUAUGUGUCCGAGAGAAAGUUGGCGAGCAGGCACAAGUCGUGAUCAUUGACAUGAACGACCCAAUGGCUCCGAUCCGACGGCCUGUCUCUGCAGAGAGUGCCAUCAUGAACCCAGGCUCUAAGGUGGUAGCUCUGAAAGCUGGAAAGACACUUCAGAUCUUUAAUAUUGAGAUGAAGAAUAAAAUGAAGGCUCAUACUAUGGCAGAAGAGGUGAUUUUCUGGAAAUGGGUUUCUGUGAACACUGUUGCCUUAGUGACCGAGACAGCCGUCUACCACUGGAACAUGGAAGGAGACUCCCAGCCCAUUAAGAUGUUUGAUAGACAUACCAGCCUGGCAGGCUGCCAGGUGAUUAACUACCGGACUGAUGAAUACCAGAAGUGGCUGCUCCUUGUAGGCAUCUCGGCUCAGCAAAACCGUGUAGUUGGGGCAAUGCAGCUCUACUCUGUGGAUCGGAAGGCCUCACAACCCAUAGAAGGCCAUGCCGCUGCUUUUGCAGAGUUCAAGAUCGAGGAGAAUGCCAAGCCUUCCACCCUUUUCUGCUUUGCUGUACGGAAUCCCACAGGAGGCAAGUUGCACAUCAUUGAAGUUGGACAGCCUGCAGCAGGAAACCAGCCUUUUGUAAAGAAAGCGGUAGAUGUGUUUUUUCCUCCAGAGGCACAGACUGAUUUUCCAGUGGCUAUGCAGAUUGGAGCUAAACAUGGUGUUAUUUACUUGAUCACGAAGUGUGGCUAUCUUCAUCUGUACGACCUAGAGUCUGGUGUGUGCAUCUACAUGAACCGUAUUAGUGCUGACACAAUAUUUGUCACUGCUCCACACAAACCAACCUCUGGAAUUAUUGGUGUCAACAAAAAGGGACAGGUGCUGUCAGUUUGUGUUGAGGAAGAUAACAUUGUGAAUUAUGCAGCCAACGUGCUUCAGAAUCCAGAACUUGGUCUGCGUUUGGCCAUUCGUAGUAACCUGGCUGGGGCAGAGGAGUUGUUCGUGAGAAAAUUCGGUACCCUCUUUGCACAGGGGAGCUAUGCUGAAGCCGCCAAAGUGGCAGCGUCUGCACCAAAGGGAAUCCUGCGUACCAAAGAGACAGUCCAGAAAUUCCAGAGUGUACCCACUCAGUCUGGCCAGGCUUCUCCGUUGCUGCAGUACUUUGGAAUCCUGCUCGACCAGGGUCAGCUCAAUAAACUUGAAUCUUUAGAACUUUGCCAUCUGGUUCUUCAGCAGGGGCGUAAGCAACUCCUAGAAAAGUGGCUGAAAGAAGAUAAGCUGGAGUGCUCAGAGGAGCUCGGAGACUUGGUCAGAACCACUGACCCCAUGCUCGCUCUGAGUGUGUACCUUCAGGCAAACGUGCCAAGCAAAGUGAUCCAGGGUUUUGCAGAAACUGGCCAAUUCCAGAAAAUUGUUCUCUAUGCCAAAAAGGUUGGGUACACCCCAGACUGGAUCUUUCUGCUGAGGAGUGUGAUGAAGAUCAGUCCGGAACAGGGCCUGCAGUUUUCUCAAAUGCUUGUGCAGGACGAGGAGCCACUGGCCAACAUUAACCAGAUUGUGGACAUUUUCAUGGAAAACAAUUUAAUUCAGCAAUGUACUUCCUUCUUAUUGGAUGCCUUGAAGAAUAAUCGCCCGGCUGAGGGACUCCUCCAGACAUGGCUGUUGGAGAUGAACCUUGUUCAUGCACCCCAGGUUGCAGACGCCAUCCUUGGAAAUCAGAUGUUUACUCAUUACGACCGGGCCCACAUCGCCCAGCUCUGCGAGAAGGCAGGCCUCCUGCAGCAGGCAUUGGAGCACUACACCGACAUCUCUGACAUCAAGAGGGCUGUGGUCCACACUCACCUCCUCAAUCACGAGUGGCUUGUCAAUUUCUUCGGCUCCUUGUCGGUGGAGGAUUCUGUGGAGUGUCUGCAUGCUAUGCUGUCUGCUAACAUCAGACAGAACCUUCAGCUGUGUGUGCAGGUGGCCUCUAAGUACCAUGAGCAGCUGGGCACGCAGGCCCUGGUGGAGCUCUUCGAAUCCUUCAAGAGUUAUGAAGGCCUCUUCUACUUCCUGGGCUCAAUCGUGAACUUCAGCCAAGACCCAGACGUGCAUCUGAAAUACAUUCAGGCUGCCUGUAAGACAGGGCAGAUCAAGGAGGUGGAGAGGAUAUGCCGGGAGAGCAGUUGCUACAACCCAGAGCAUGUGAAGAACUUCCUGAAGGAGGCCAAGCUCACAGACCAGCUUCCCCUCAUCAUCGUAUGUGAUCGUUUCGGCUUUGUCCAUGACCUUGUCCUGUAUUUAUACCGCAACAACCUGCAGAGGUACAUUGAGAUCUACGUGCAGAAGGUCAAUCCUAGCCGGAACCCAGCUGUGGUUGGAGGGCUCCUUGAUGUGGAUUGUUCUGAGGAAGUGAUUAAACACUUAAUCAUGGCAGUGAGAGGACAGUUCUCUACUGAUGAGUUGGUGGCUGAAGUAGAAAAAAGAAAUAGGCUUAAGCUCCUGCUUCCCUGGCUGGAGUCCCGGAUUCAGAAAGGCUGUGAGGAGCCUGCCACUCACAAUGCACUGGCUAAAAUCUACAUUGACAGCAACAACAGCCCCGAGUGCUUCCUGAGAGAGAACACCUAUUACGACAGCAGCGUGGUGGGUCGCUACUGUGAGAAGCGAGACCCCCAUCUGGCCUGUGUCGCCUAUGAGCGGGGGCAGUGUGACCUUGAGCUCAUCAAGGUUUGCCAUGAGAAUUCUCUGUUCAAAAGCGAGGCCCGCUACCUGGUACGCAGAAAGAAUCCGGAGCUCUGGGCUCAUGUCCUUGAGGAGACCAAUCCAUACAGGAGACAGCUGAUUGACCAGGUGGUACAGACAGCAUUGUCAGAAACACGGGAUCCUGAAGAGGUUUCCGUCACUGUCAAGGCCUUUAUGACAGCUGACCUGCCUCAUGAACUGAUUGAAUUGCUGGAGAAGAUAGUUCUGGAUAACUCUGUCUUCAGCGAGCACAGGAAUCUACAGAAUCUGCUGAUCCUGACUGCCAUCAAGGCAGACCGCACACGAGUCAUGGAGUACAUCAGCCGCCUGGACAACUAUGACGCACUGGACAUUGCAAGCAUCGCUAUCAGCAGCGCGCUGUAUGAGGAAGCCUUCGCAGUCUUCUGCAAGUUUGAUGUGAAUGCCUCAGCAGUCCAGGUCCUGAUUGAGCACAUUGGAAACCUGGACCGGGCAUAUGAGUUUGCGGAGAGAUGCAAUGAGCCUGCUGUGUGGAGUCAGCUGGCCCGAGCCCAGCUCCAGAAAGACUUGGUGAAGGAAGCCAUCAACUCCUAUAUCAGAGGGAACGACGCUUCCUCUUACCAGGAAGUUGUUCAGGCAGCCAGCAGGAGCAACAGCUGGGAGGAUCUCGUUAAAUUUCUGCAGAUGGCCAGGAAAAAGGGUUGUGAGUCCCAUAUAGAGACUGAACUUAUUUUUGCAUUGGCUAAAACCAGCUGCCUUUCUGAGCUAGAAGAUUACAUUAAUGGACCCAACAAUGCCAACAUCCAGCAGGUUGGAGACCGCUGUUACGAGGAGGGCAUGUACGAGGCUGCCAAGCUGCUCUAUAGCAAUGUUUCUAACUUUGCUCGCCUGGCUUCCACCUUGGUUCACCUCGGUGAGUAUCAGGCAGCAGUGGACAACAGCCGCAAGGCCAGCAGCACCCGGACGUGGAAGGAGGUGUGCUUUGCCUGCGUGGAUGGACAGGAGUUUCCUCUCGCUCAGCUGUGUGGUCUUCACAUCGUCAUUCAUGCAGUUGAGCUGGAGGAGCUGAUGUGCUAUUACCAGGAUCGCGGCUACUUUGAGGAGCUGAUCUUGUUGCUGGAAGCGGCCCUGGGCUUGGAGCAGGCCCACAUGGGCAUGUUCACAGAACUGGCCAUCCUCUACUCCAAAUUCAAGCCACAGAAGAUGCUGGAGCACCUGGAGCUCUUCUGGUCCCGUGUCAACAUCCCAAAGGUGCUGAAGGCUGCAGAACAGGCGCACCUGUGGGCUGAGCUGGUGUUCCUCUAUGACAAAUACGAGGAGUAUGACAAUGCCGUGCUCACCAUGAUGAGCCACCCCACCGAGGCCUGGAAGGGGGGUCAGUUCAAGGACCUCAUUGCCAAGGUUGCCAACGUUGAACUAUGUUACAGAGCCCUGCAGUUCUAUUUGGAUUACAAACCACUCCUCAUCAAUGACCUGCUGCUGGUGCUGUCCUCCCGGCUAGACCACACCCGGACAGUCAGUUUCUUUUCAAAGGCAGGUCAGCUGCCCCUGGUGAAACCCUACCUGCGGUCAGUCCAGAGCCACAACAACAAGAGUGUGAAUGAGGCACUCAACCACCUGCUGACAGAGGAGGAGGACUAUCAGGGCUUAAGGGCAUCUAUCGAUGCCUAUGACAACUUUGACAACAUCAGCCUGGCUCAGCGGCUGGAGAAGCACCAGCUGAUGGAGUUCAGGCGCAUUGCGGCCUAUCUGUACAAGGGCAAUAACCAGUGGGCCCAGAGCGUGGAGCUCUGCAAGAAGGAUCAUCUCUACAAGGAUGCCAUGCAGCAUGCCGCAGAAUCGCAGGAUGCUGAGCUGGCCCAGAAGUUGCUUCAGUGGUUCCUGGAGGAAGACAAGAGGGAAUGCUUCACAGCCGCUCUCUUCACCUGCUAUGACCUGCUUCGCCCAGAUGUGGUGCUCGAGCUGGCUUGGAGGCACAACCUCAUGAACUUGGCCAUGCCCUACUUCAUCCAGGUGAUGAGGGAGUACCUGAGCAAGGUGGACAAACUGGAUGCCUUGGAGAGUCUGUGCAAGCAAGAGGAGCAUGUGACGGAGCCUGCCCCUCUCAUGUUUGGCCAGCAGCUGAUGCUGACAGCAGGCCCUUCCGCGGCCCCAGCCCCUGCCAGCUUCCCCUUUGGAUAUGCCGCUGCUCCUGCCUUUCUCCAGCCUCUCAUGUACAACUUACGCCUGUAGUGGGCGCUGUCUCCACCCACUCUACCUGCAGAGUUACUAACUUCUCCAAGGAGCAUGUCACUCCAGCAGCACAGGGGCCCGCAGUGGGAGGCGGGGACGCCUGGACGUUAUUUAUUUUUGCUGAAACCCAAUGAUGGCAACCUCUGAGCCAUCCCAGAGCCUGGGGAGGCCAGGGUAGAGGCUGACGGCGCAAGACCAGCUUCAGCCGCCAACAGGACUGGACUGUGGGCCCUUCUGCUGGAGCCAGGCAUUCCUUGUGAGUGUCCCCCACUGGCUGGAGCUGCCCCCUCCAGGCCAGUUUGAAGACAACCUGAACACGUCUUGUUUGGAGGUACCAGGCCUCAUAACAGGACUCCGAGCCUCCUGGCUAUCAUAAAUAUUAAAGUCGGUUUAUCCAGGCAA